AUGUCUUCGGCCUCUCCUCCAAAGGAACCAGAGGUGGAACCAGUUACUCAGUCUGGAGACGAGGCGGAGCCCAUGGAAAGAGAACACCACGAUUUGCAAGCGCAGGGCCAGGGCGAAUUCGAGGUUAAAGAGCAGGACCGAUGGCUUCCAAUUGCGAACGUUGCCCGAAUUAUGAAAACUGCCCUGCCCGAGAACGCCAAAAUCGCAAAGGAAGCCAAAGAAUGCAUGCAAGAGUGCGUGAGCGAGUUCAUAUCGUUCAUCACCAGCGAAGCUUCAGAGAAGUGCCAGGGAGAGAAGCGCAAGACCGUCAAUGGAGAAGACAUCUUAUUCGCGAUGACGUCGCUCGGAUUCGAGAACUACGCCGAAGCCUUGAAAAUCUACCUUACGAAGUACCGGGAAACCCAAACUGCAAGGGGGGAGAACCAGAACCGACCAUCCAGCAGCGGAUAUGGCUCCGGUGGCCCAGUCGGCGGUCCCGCCCCCGUUCCCACCGGCAUGGGUGGAGCAGCAGCAGCUCAACCACCGACGGGCUUCACAGUCCCACCACCCCCAGAGACUGCCAACAACCUUCUAAAUGCGAGCCUCGAUCCGAACGAGCAGGAUGGCGCGACAUACGGAUACCCAGCCAUGAAGACGAUGGCAAGUGGUGCGGAAUUACAACAUGAGUACAUGGCAUCUGCCCAUACCCCGGGCGAGGCAGUGAGCGAGCGAUCGAGGCGAGCGAAUGUACGCGAUGCCGAUUCGGAUGUUUACCGAUCGGAAGGCGUGGACCGUAGUCUACGGGUCCAGGCCGAGAGAAUAGCAACAGCAGCGGUUACUACUCACUUCUUACCUUGUAUAUCGACGACGAUCAUGCGUAUCCCAUAUACUCCCAACCCGCCAACUACCUCCAACGACGAGGAAGCCGCCGUUCUCCAGCGCGUGCAGACACGACGAGGCGAAAAGGGCCUUCUCCCCCUCGACCUUGCCCUCCUGCACUCGUUCCCCGUCGCAGAUGGCUGGAACUCGUUCCUCGGCGCCAUCAGAACCCGCACCUCGAUCCCAGCAGAUAUCCGUGAAAUGGCGAUCUGUCGAGUUGCCGCCAUCAACCACGCCUGGUUCGAGUGGGAACAACACUACCCUCUACUGCAGGCUGCAGGCGUAUCCGACGAGGCCCUCGAGCUGAUCAAACAGGACCAGUGCGACGAGACGGCGUUGGCAUCGUUGCUGACACAGGAGCAGAUGGCAGUGUACCUGUAUUCGAGCGCCAUGACGAGGACGGUGAAGGUUCCUGAGGAAGUGUUCGAUCAGCUCAGGUCACUCUUUGACGAGAAGGAAGUGGUAGAGAUCACGGCCACGACGGCAGCGUAUAACUGCGUGAGCCGGUUCCUGGUCGCGCUGAACGUUGGAGAGAUGAAUGAAUAG